GUGACGUACACGAAACACUUCAGUUUUGUUUUUGUUUUCCUCUUAUCCUGACUGCCUUGUUUUCGGCCAAAGUUCAAUUUAUAGUGACUGUUCGAUUAAUGCAGGCUUAACAGAGAUCAGACAUUCAAAUUAGAUUUCAAAAAUGGCCAGGGUCCUUGUGGGAGUCAAAAGAGUUAUAGAUUAUGCUGUAAAGGUAAGAAUCAACUCUAUUUUCUAUCUGUCAUACGAUUUGGAGCCCUUAAGAAAAAGUAUACGACACAUCUUCAAUCCCAGGAGCAAAGGUUAAAGGUAUCAAUUUUCAUGGUCAAUCAAACUAACAUAGCUUUAAUACAUGAUUGAAGAAUAGACAUAUUUUUGCGAAGUUCCCCUGUUACCACAUUUUCUUGUUGUCUGACAGAUUACCACAUUUUCUUGUUGUCUGACAGAUUACCAGGAUGCAAUCAAUGACGUUUAUCUACCUCUUUUCAUGAAGUUACAAUAUGCCUCUCUCCAUUCAUUCAAUGGACGCUGAUAAAAUGAGAAGUAUCUCGAGAAAACUAACUGCCCAAACGAUGCUUUCAAAAUUUGAAUGAAUUAUAGAAAAAUAGUUUGUAAAUGAGGCAAAGCUUCCAGAGAAGUACAAAAUAAUUCAUUGUAUUACAUUCCUGUCUUUAACUGCUGUAUAAUAUUUCCCCAUCUUUUGGCCCCAAAAGCAGUUUGCAUAGGUGGCUAGAUGCAAAUAGGUCCAAAUUCAAUAAUUUAAUUUCGUAUCUUUGUACCUUAAUAAGGAGUUUAAUGUAAUUGGGUUGUCAGGAACAAAUGUCAACUUGACGAUCCCAGGAUAUUAAAUGUGUUGCAAUGAAAGCUGAAUCAAUAAGUGUGAAGGCUUUAUAUUCUACAUAUUUUUUUUUUUUUAGUGCUGAAAUGAAAAAUGUUGACAAUUGCAAUUUCUUAUAGGCUGUGUUAAAAAUAAUGUCAAUAUUGGUAUAACAUUGUUUUUAAUAAGUUAAAUUUUGUAUCUAGUCCAGUAACAUUUCCUCCACAAUCAAAAUGAAAGUUAUAUCGAAAUUUUUUGUGGAAAUAUAAAUUCAGAUCUCCCAAGUUAAAAAUGUGAUUUUGUUAAUAGAUAUAUUAGUCUAUCGUAUUCAAUAGAUGUUUGUGUCAUAACCUCAAAAUAGAGCGCUGACAGGGAACAGUAGAAAACUAAGAACAUCAAGGAAGUCAUAAAGGCGUCCUACAAUUGUAGGAGCGACUGACGAAGACAGAAGUAGUUUCUCAGUUCACUUUCCUGCCCUCGUAAAUGUAAUCGCGACAUCAACCAAUCGCAUUUCAGAUCCGAAUAAAGCCCGACAAAAAAGGCGUAUUAACCGAUGGCGUGAAACAUUCGAUGAACCCUUUCGACGAGAUCGCCGUCGAAGAGGCGGUCAGGAUGAAAGAAAAGAAGAUCGCGUCCGAGAUCAUCGCGGUGUCAUGCGGACCUGCGCAGGCGCAGGAUGUCAUCAGGACCGCUUUGGCCAUGGGCGUCGACAAGGGGAUCCAUGUGGACAUACCUGCUAAAGAGUUUGAAACAUUGCAGCCCCUGCAUGUGAGCAAAAUGCUGGCAAAGAUCGCGCAGGAUGAGAAGGUGGAUAUCGUCAUUCUGGGGAAACAGGCUAUUGAUGAUGAUUGCAACCAAACAGCUCAAAUGACGGCAGCUGUUUUAGACUGGCCUCAGGCAACAAAUGCGUCCAAAAUUGAAAAAGGAGACAAAGAUGUUACAGUAACAAGAGAAAUUGAUGGUGGUCUGGAAGUGAUCAAGUGCAAACUACCUGUUGUUAUCAGUGCAGAUCUUCGUUUGAAUGAACCUCGUUAUGCUACACUUCCAAAUAUUAUGGUUAGUAUUGUUUAUAUUUUUACAUACAUAUUGCGUAAAAAAUACAACCUGGCACUCAUUGCUAACCAUUUGUGUGUCAGUAAGGCACGAUUAGGAUUUUUUUGCUGUACAAAAUGUCAUUAGGAGGUGGAGCCGUCAAGAAUGAUUUAUAUCAUAUUCUUCUAAACAGUCUAAUAGUUAGACUGGAUCACACGGGCUUGACACUAGACAUACGUGAAUCAUCUAUUUUUAAUUUUUUAUGUAGAAAGCCAAGAAAAAAC